AUGGCCCGUGGACGAAAAAAACAUUUAAAACGUCUUAAUGCACCAAAACAUUGGAUGCUAGACAAACUUACAGGAACUUAUGCACCAAGACCAUCACCUGGACCUCAUAAGCUUCGUGAUUGCUUACCGCUUGUUAUAUUUUUAAGAAACCGUCUCAAGUAUGCUCUUAAUAAGAAAGAAGUACAAAGUAUUUUGAUGCAACGUCUCGUGAAGGUUGAUGGUAAAGUACGUACUGAUACUACUUAUCCUUCUGGAUUCAUGGAUGUUAUCGCUAUUGAAAAGACUGGUGAAAAUUUCCGAUUAAUAUAUGACACAAAAGGACGUUUUACCAUCCAUAGGAUAACUGCAGAAGAAGCCAAAUACAAAUUAGCAAAAGUUAGAAGAGUUCAACUUGGUGCAAAAGGGAUUCCAUUUCUUGUUACACACGAUGGACGUACCAUAAGAUAUCCAGAUCCUCUUAUUAAAGUAAAUGACACAGUUAAAAUUGACCUAGAAAGUUAUAAAAUAACUGAAUUUAUUAAGUUUGAAGUUGGAAAUGUUGUGAUGAUAACUGGCGGAAGAAACAUGGGAAGAGUUGGUAUAAUCACUCAUAGAGAAAGGCAUAUUGGUGGUUUUGAUAUCGUGCAUGUAAAAGAUUCGCUUGAACGACAAUUUGCUACACGUCUAAGCAAUAUUUUUAUUAUUGGUGAGGGUAAUAAACCUUGGAUUUCCUUACCAAAGGGUAAAGGUGUUAAACUUACCAUUGCAGAAGAACGUGACAGACGCCGUGAAAAGCAAAAGGCAUAA